UCUCGCUCAACGAGCCUGUUCUCGCGAGAGCCGUGUUUGAAAUGGCGGCGGCCCGCCGGUGGAGGCAACGCGCGCGGGCUUCGAGCGGUUGAGGAAAGGAGAAGUGAGGCCCGCCCGCCCGCCUGUCCGCUUCCGGCCCGCGCCCCCGUCCCCUCCGGAUGGAGAGGCGCCGGCCGCGGCUGCUGAGGACCUACGCCGGGCAGCGGGGCCUCGGGCGGAAGGCGGGCGGCGGCCAGGCCGGACUGAGGCGCGUGUGCCCCGCCCCGCCCUGGAUCUCGCCCCUGGUCGACCCGCGGCACUUCUUCAGCAGCUCCUCGGCCUCCUCCCUCGACGAGGUUCGCAGCCCGCCCCGCAGGAGGGCCCAGCAGGGGGCCAAGGAGAACCGCGCCCCGGCCAAGAGGAGGGGGGGCCGGGCCUGCCGCCUGCCCUCCACCCCGCUGUGCAAGAACGUCACCCGGCGCCCCCGGCGAGCUGGCCUUCGGCUGCGGCCUCCCUUAGGGUGCAGCACCCCGCAGAGACCCCUGGAGGUGGUGGAGGGGAGCUCUGCGUCCUCCUCCUGCCUCUGCUGCAGCCCUUCUAGCCCACCAGACGUCCUCAGGGAGAACCGCGGCACCCCUGGCCAUGGGCUGCCCAACCUGAGCUUGGUGACUAUGGACAGCGAUGCGCACAUGCAGGCCACCGCAGGCAGCUUGGAGCUCUUCUCGCACGGAGACGCCGGGAGCCUGCUCCACGAGCCCCCUUAUCUGAGUCCUCAAGUGCGAGCUGCGGCCAUGCCAACUUCCGAGGCGGAUCGCCCACCAUCUUCUUGCCUGCCCUUUCGAAGCCAGUUUGCCUUGCCGUCAGGUGGCCUCUGUGACAGCGCAGCACCUCCGCUCAGGGACUGGGGAGGCCUCGCAGUGCCUUCCAAUAACGCUGUGUCUCCUCCAAGUGGGCGUCUUCGAGAUGUCGAUGGGGACCAUUCCCCAAAGCUGCCGGUGACGCCAAAGACCCACACGCCACCCCAGAGAUCUCUCCAGGGAGCUUUCCAGUUACAGGUUCACGUGUGUGAUGGAAAGGUUGCCCUCUCUUUGCCAAAGGGCACAGAGCCUCUUGAGCACAAGAGGCAGAGGAUGUCCGUUCAAGUGGACGCGACACCAUAUAAAAGAGCAGAUGAAAUCAAUGGGGUUCUCUCAGACGACGGGAGUGACUUCAGCCUGCCCGAAAACAGCCCUCGCCUGCAGCCUGUUGUGAUUCUCGACAAUCGAGUGGUGCCCAACUGGUUGGCUGCUAAGAGCUCUGGAAAACAAGCAGUGGGUCGUUCGCAGGAAAAAGACUGUGCCUUGGAGUCAGAGUCCCCCUGUGCCAUUCCUGGACUGUCUGACCCCAGCAAUCAAGUGAUCCCCACCUGUGGUGGGGGAACCACUGGGAAGAAAGCCUGUAUCAGCGGAUUCAGUUCCAGAAGGUGGGGCCAACGAGGAAAACCCGGGCAGGGCCGGCGCAAGAAAAACACGGGGUGGAAAAAACAGGCCGACAUCCCCCUCCUUCAGGAUCGUCCGAAAUGGAACGAGACGGAAGACGACCUUGUUCCCUCUUCGUUUUUGGAUGGCUCCCCGGUAACAAACUGCACCUUGUGGCGCAGGAUCCGAGCCUCUCUUUCCCUCCACAAGAAAAAGAAAAUUCUGUCCGAAGCCGAAAGUUUGAACAGCAGCAAGCUGAGCACUUCCUCAGCCAGAUCCCUCCCUGCGGGGCCACCCAACACCCCUUUCACUCGAAAACUUGGCUAUUCGAUUUGCCCUUCCUCUUCCAUGGUUCUGCUGUCGUCCAUGAACUCCUCUUCUGUCGCAGAGGUGAUGCUGACUGAUGCGGAAAAAGUGUAUGGGGAGUGCCAACAGGAAGCCCCCGUCUCCUUUGAGGAGUGUAUCCCCCAGGACAGAAUGCGAAAAUGUGAGAAAAUUGGCGAGGGGGUCUUUGGGGAAGUUUUCAAAACAGAUGGCGAGAAGGGAGCCGUGGCUUUGAAAAUCAUUCCCAUCGAAGGGAGCGCCAAAGUCAACGGAGAAGCUCAGAAGACUUUCAGCGAGAUCUUGCCAGAGAUCAUCAUUUCAAAAGAACUCAGUCUUUUGGCUGAAGAGGAGGAGAACCAAACGGCUGGGUUUAUCAGCUUGCAUUCUGCGCACUGCGUGCGAGGAGCCUACCCCGAGCGUCUCCUGAAAGCCUGGGAUGACUACGACAGGCGGAGACAGUCUGAAAACGACAGGCCAGAUUUCUUUGGAGACCAGCAACUCUUCAUGGUCCUGGAGUUUGAGUUUGGCGGCACCGACCUGGAGAACAUGAGGAACCGGCAGCUGAACUCUGUGUUAGUCGCUAAAAGCAUUUUGCACCAGGUCACUGCUUCUUUGGCGGUGGCAGAGGAAGCGUUGCAAUUUGAGCACCGGGAUCUGCACUGGGGGAACGUGCUGAUCAAGAGAACCACCUUGCGGGAGCUGAGUUUCAAGCUGAAAGGGGAAAGCCGCACCCUUCCCACUCACGGAGUCCUUGUGAACAUUAUCGACUAUACCUUCUCCCGGCUGGAGAAAGAUGGCCUCACGGUGUACUGCGACCUCUCCGCUGACGAAGAGGUCUUCCAAGGGAGAGGGGACUACCAGUUUGACAUUUACAGGCAAAUGAGAGAGGAGAACUUGAACGGUUGGGCUGAUUAUUUUCCCCACAGCAAUAUCCUGUGGCUUCACUACCUGACAGAUAAGCUUUUGAAAGAGGUGUCUUACAGGAAGAAGCCCACAUCUUCCUCCAUGAGGCAGGUGCAGAAACAGCUGGAGUUGUUCUCUAAAGGGGUUCUCAGCUUCUGCUCUGCCACAGAGCUGUUAAACUCAAGCACCUUCUUCCGCUGAGUUGAGGUGGGCUGGAGGAAACACAGCACCACAGGAAGUGUUUUGUAAACCCACAAUAGCAAAUACAGCAAUUAUAUUUUUAUGUAUAAAGUAGUAGAGGAUAUACUGAAUAAACAGCAGGAAAGGAACUUUUUUAUUUCCUAGUUUGAUUGGUUCAGGUUAUUGUUUGAUUUCAGCCUGUGUGCUUACGAAGGUAACUUUGCGUUCAAUUAACUGAAAAAAUAUGUUUUGUUUUCUAGUCAAAGGUUUAUCUCAUAAUAAAAUACUAUUGCAACUUA